CCGACGGUUGCGUAUCGCGGCUCAGUUCGUGGCCGCGGCUCAGCCAGUGUGGUUCGGCUUUUCGGCAGUGCUUUCUUCCUUCCAAUUCCUCGCCACCUGUUCCUCUCUCUCUCUCUCUCGCUGCGCACACACUACCUGUGUGUCCGUCUCAGUGUGUUGCUCAGUGGAGUGUUUGGUGGGGUGCCCUUUGCGGCACGGUACCGCUUCUUCCCAUCGUCUCCACCAAAUCGCCGACCGGGGGUAGGUUUAAGAAGUCUGCGCGUCUGGCUGUACACGCUCGCUGACCGCGUUAGUGUGAUAGAUUUGUGCGGUUGUGUAUCUUGCGCGGUGAUAGUGUGUGCACGUAGUGUGAGUGUGUUUGUGGUGGCUAAAUCAAACAGGACAAGCGCUUAGUGGUUGGCGGUGCGUGCACUGCUCUUCCUCCUCGAGUCCCGCAUUUCCGGAGUAGGACCGGCACCAUUGGCUGAUCUCGUUGCGAACCAAACGCGCCAAGCGGAAGUGAUCGCAUCGCCGCCUCGGCAAUGGCGGCCGUAAGGUGCAGGGUAGCGGCGGCGUCGGCACUGCUGCUGCUGCUACUUCUAGCCGCCAGCGGUACGGAUGCAGCCAGCAAACAGCCGUCCAUCGUGGAGAGCGAGAGUGCCCGGGACAGCGACCUGGUGUUCGAAGAUGAAAAGCCAACCGACUCAUCAAACUUUGACAGGCUAAUGGAUAUGGAGAAUCAAGAAAAUCUUCGAUUAUUUGCCGCUCAAUCGAAGCCCAUGUUUGACCAUUCCGACGAGUCGGUGGACAUCGGUGAGCCAAACGGGAGCGACGAGCUGUCCUACGUCUCGGACGACGUCGAGGAGUUCGGCGAGGUCGACAAUGAGGCCGAAAAUGAGGCCGACAAUGAGGUUUCACUGCCGGAUGAAACGCCAAGCGAUGACUCCAGCCAGAGCUGGCUGGUGCGCAACGUGAAGCGCAUCAAGCGCAGUCUGGACAGCUUGUGGAGCGGCUCACAGCCAGCCGAAGCUGACCGCAGCAACGGCACCAAGCAUGGCAAGCAGAAGAAAAAGGCGAGCGCCCAGGAAAAGCCACAGAAGCUGAAGAACAAAAAGAAAGCGCAGCUAACGAAAGAAGAGCGACAGCUGAGGCGCGAGCAGAAGCUGGCAAAGGAUGCUGCUUCGGUCACGCAAACGAAAACUACCCGGCGGUCCGGUUCCGGAGUGCAUCAGAAACAACAUCAGGCUCACAAUGCGAUACCGGCCGUUGGCGGUAAGUCGAGCAAGCUCGGUGGCAUACGUCCUAAGCGCCAGUACGAUACGUUCGCCGACUCCGAAGGCAGCGGUUUCGAGGGUUCCGGUGAAUCGGCACCCGGAGAAGAUACGUGGACAUUCUAUAAAAUGACAAUCACGCUGGAUGAACCGUUCCACAGCAGUAUGCGCGAUCCUCGUCAGAAUGCCGAAAAGCUAUCGCACGUCAAUACGCUGGUGAAGAACCUGAUCGAUGAGGCACUGCGGACGGACUUUGUGGUGACAGCGAAACGCUUUGACCCAUAUCCGUCCAGCAACCAGCUAACAUUGGUAACGCUCGAGCUGAAUGCACCGAAAGACUUCAACCUGGACGAAAUGGAGGAUAGAAUCCGUUCCCAGCUUGAGAGCGGUCACUACGAACUGCGCCCGGACGGUCUUUCCCUGGUGCUGGCAGAUGACACCGGUGUAGAUGCUGACGAUCUAGGCAAGGAUGAGGUCAUUCUUGAACCCUUCCCGGCUCUGUCCCGGGAUCCCGUCCGCGGCCCCGCCCGCGACCCCGUUCGUGACCCCGUCCGCGACCCCAUCCGCGACGAUGAAGGCGACGAGGAGGAGGACGAUGAGGAGGACGAAGACGAGGAUUACGCUACCGAUCGACCGAUCGGUGGCCCGAACGACGUGGAUGACGUGGAGCCGACCACGGUGCGGGCUCGCUUCGGCGAUUACGAUGCGGAGGAAACGCAGGAUCUGUGCCGGGGCGACGACAAAGUGCGGUGCGGCAAGACGUCCGUGUACAUUUGUGCGGUCCAGUGGUGUGACGGCCGCCCCGACUGUCCCAACGGCGAAGAUGAAAACGCACCCGAGUGCCAAAAGUGCGAAAAGGACGAGUUUUCAUGCGACGGAACCAGAUGUAUAUCGCUUGCGAAGAAGUGCGACGGCCAUCGUGACUGUAGCGACGGACAGGAUGAAGCCGACUGUCCCUCGACGGAAUGCACUUCCAACGAGUUCACUUGCGAUGAUGGUCGAUGCAUCGAUCAGGACAGACAGUGUGACGGUGUGGCGGACUGUUCACGAGGCGAAGACGAACAGGACUGUGGAAUUGUUGAGUGUGAUGAAUCGCGCGAGUUCCUGUGCCGAUCGGAUAAUACCUGCAUCCAGAAGGAAGCCGUUUGUGACGGCAAUCGGGACUGUUCGGAUGGCGAGGAUGAAAUAUGCGAAGCCCAACGGGACAAGUGCUCGAUCUACGAGUUUCAGUGUCGAUGGGAUAAAAGAUGCAUACCGAUAGAGAAGCGGUGCGAUAAGGUGUACGACUGCUUGGACAGAACCGAUGAGCAGGUCUGUGACUGCACCGCGCACGAGUUCCGAUGUGACAACGGAUUCUGCAUCCCAAUGUACCAGCGUUGCGAUCGCGUUAACCAUUGCAAUGACCGCUCGGAUGAGCGGGGAUGUAACUUUACAAGUCGAUGCAGUGAACAUGAGUUCCAUUGCAAUAAUGGGAAUUGCAUCCCGAAGGACUACAUGUGCAACGAUAUUGACGAUUGUGGUGAUAAUUCCGACGAAACCGAUUCAGUCUGUGGCGAUUAUACCUGUAUGCCAGACGAGUUCACUUGCUACGACGGGGGCUGUGUGUCCAAAGCGCUCGUAUGUGAUGAUCGGAAGGAUUGCGAAGACGGAACGGAUGAAAUGGACUGUGACAACAACCCACCCAUCAAAUCACUGACUCGCUGUGGCCAAGGUCAGUUUGAAUGUAACGACGGCAUUUGUAUUGCGGAUUACAAACACUGCAAUGGCAUUGUAGACUGCCACGAUGAAUCCGACGAGACUGGCUGCAAUUCGGAUCCCUGUAGCUCGAACGAGUUCUCGUGCGAUGGCCAAUGUUACGAGAUGCAGGCCUACUGUAACGGCGUUCCUGAUUGUUCGGAUGGCAGCGAUGAGCGAAACUGUGCCAUUUGCUAUGGUGAUGCGUUCCAUUGCAAGAACAAGCAAUGCAUUUUGUCGGUGCACAUCUGUGACGGGGAGCCACACUGUAGCGACGGUAGUGACGAGCUUGAGUGUAACAACAAUACGAACUGCAAAGUGUUCGAAUGGCAGUGUAGAAAUGGCUUUUGCAUAAACAAGGAUUUCCGCUGCGAUGGUUCAGUCGAUUGCACUGAUCGGUCCGAUGAAGAGGGCUGUUAUGAUGAAGAACGGCCCAGUGAUCCUUGCCGCGAAGAUGAAUUCUACUGUGAUGGACGAUGCUUCGAAGAGGAUCGCCGGUGUGAUGGUCGUGCGGAUUGUACGGACGGAUCGGACGAGCACGAUUGUCCGACGUUACCGUUAGAGCGUUGCGAGGAGCUUCAGUGUCCCGAUGGUAGCUGUUUCCGUCAUUCGCAGCGAUGCGAUGGAGUAAGCGACUGUGCCGACGGCUACGAUGAGCAGCAUUGUCCUUGCCGAUCCAAUGAAUUCACUUGCGCAGAUGGUCAGUGCAUUCCCAACUAUCUACUGUGCAACGGACGGCCGGACUGUGCCGAUGGAUCUGACGAGCGCAACUGUUCUUGUGCAAGAAACGAAUUCCGUUGCCGGACUGGCCAGUGCAUCGAUGAACUUCGUCGCUGCGAUCAACGUAUCGAUUGUGUGGACGGAUCAGAUGAAAAAGAUUGCACGCGGAUCUGUCGAUCCAACGAAUGGACAUGCCACAGUGGUCAGUGCAUCCGACUCGACCAACGUUGCAAUCGUCGCUACGAUUGUCAGGAUCGCAGUGAUGAGAUGAGUUGUACUAGCUGCGGUCCGAACAAAUUCCGGUGCGAGAACGGUCCUUGCAUUGCAAUGGCGUUAAAGUGCAACGGCAGGGUAGACUGUCCGUACGACACUAGCGAUGAGCUUGAUUGUACCGAUGAAUUCCAGUACGCCCCGCCUCCACCGUUCGAUCAACCGAGACUGAAUCUUAAAACCUACCCGGAUGAGCAAACCAUCAAGGAAAAGGAAAUUGUGGAGGGCAACGAGGUCGUUUUCCAGUGCCGUGACGAAGGCCCGAUGCACGCCAAGGUUAAGUGGGUUCGUGGAAACGGACAACCGCUACCACCCGGCACGAGGGACAUGAACGGUCGUCUGGAAAUACCGAACAUUCGGAUUGAUCACAACGGUGAAUAUAUUUGCGAAGCGGUCGGAUACCCGAAAUCGACUCCUGGAAGCAGCAAAGUGGUGCAACUGACCGUCGAACGAUUCCACUACCAUCAACGGCCACCGACAGCGUGUGGCGUGAAUGAGGCCACCUGCAUGAACGGAAACUGCAUUCUGAAGUCGCAGAUCUGCGACGGGCGACAGGACUGUGCCGACAAUUCGGACGAAAACGGCUGCAGCCAUAAGGACCUAUGUGAACCGAACCAGUUCAAGUGCCGCAACCGCAAGUGCGUACUGAAGACGUGGCUGUGCGAUGGUGAGCAGGACUGUGGGGACGGUUCCGAUGAGGAGAACUGUGCAACGCUGCCACCAAACGCACCGUGCCGGCACGACGAGUUCCAGUGCCGGGACGGCCAAUGCAUCCCGAAGUCAUUCCAGUGCGAUACUCAUCCCGACUGUCAGGACAAAUCGGACGAAGUUGGCUGCAUGGCUCCGGCUGUAAUUCAACCACCACCACCAUCGCUAUCGAUCAUUGCUGGCGGUGUGCUGAAUAUCACCUGCCGUGCUACUGGUGUGCCGGUACCGCUGAUCGUGUGGCGACUGAACUGGGGACACGUGCCCGAAAAGUGUACCUCGCGCAAUGACCAGGGCUUCGGCCGGCUGACCUGCGAGGACAUGCAACCCAUCGACUCCGGUGCGUACUCGUGCGAGAUCAUCAACACGAUGGGCACACACUUUGUGUCGCCGGACACGAUCGUGAUCGUAACGGGCAGUGGUCCUGUGUGCCAGCAGGGCACAUUCAACAGCCAGGCACGCAACCCGUCCGACUGCAUCAACUGUUUCUGCUUCGGUGUUACGACCUCCUGCAACAGUGCCGAUCUGUACACGUACGCGCUGAAACCGCCUGUGUCGUCGCUGACGAUCGUCGGCGUCGAAGGACCGUGGAGUGGACGCAGGGAGUUGGUCGUGGGCGAGUUUGAGAAUCACAAUCUCACCGCCCAGCGUCACGGAGUACAGCUGCGCCUAACGAACCUUGUGCCGGGACGACGGGUGCCGUACUACUCGCUACCGGAAGAGUACAAGGGCAACCAGCUCAAGUCGUACGGUGGAUCGAUUCGCUACGAUGUCGAAUAUGACGGUACCGGCCGUCCCGUGAAUGCGCCGGACGUAAUUCUUAAGGGCAACGGAAUGAGUUUGGUACAUUGGCACAGUGGCACAUUCUAUCCGGACAUCAAGAACCACGUUUCCGUCAGCCUGCUGCCGGGCAACUGGGUACGCCCGGACCGAUCGCCGGCCACUCGCGAAGACAUCAUGAUGGCACUGGCGAGUAUCGAAAGCAUCCUGAUACGCAUGCAGUACGUGGACGGCAUCGAGCGUAACAUCGAGCUGGUAAACGUUAUGAUGGAUUCGGCUGCCCACGACGACCGUGGACUGGGCUCGGCCUCGCUGGUCGAACAGUGCCGCUGUCCGGCCGGGUACCGCGGGCUGUCCUGCGAGAGCUGCGACUAUGGCUACGUGCGCCAAAACAGCGGGCCCUGGCUGGGGCGCUGCGUGAAGCGUGAGAGAGAAUGCCAGCCAGGCUACUACGGUGACCCGAACCGUGACAUUCCCUGCGCACCGUGCCCCUGCCCGGUGGCGGGUGAGAAGUCGCGCGCCCGCUCCUGCUACCUGGACAGCCGGGACAAUGUCGUGUGCCAGUGCGACCGUGGCUAUGCUGGCGAGCGGUGCAUGGAGUGUGAGGACGGGUACGUGGGCAAUCCGCUCGGCGAGGGAUGCUUCCCGCGCCCGGUAACGAACUGUAACGCGCUCGGCACGGAACGCAUCGGCUCGGACAGACGGUGCUACUGCAAGCCGGGCAUCGAAGGAACGUACUGCGAUCGAUGCGCCGCGCAGCACUUUUACAUGCACGAGAAGGGCUGUGUCGAGUGCUUCUGCAUGGGGCUGACGAACGUGUGCAGCAGCACCACCUGGGUCCGCGAUACCAUCCACGCCUCGUUCGCGGACGGCCGGUCCGGGUUCUCGCUCAUUUCCGACUACACCAACCCGUCGAUCGUGGCCAACGCGCUGCCCGUGUCGAACCGGGAGAUCGUGUACCGCAACUUUGGCGCCAGCGAUGACACCUUCUACUGGCGACUGCCCAACCAAUUCUUGGGCAACAAGCUAACCUCGUUUGGCGGCCAUCUGAACUACACGCUGCGCUACACUCCCCACUCUUCGGGCGGUAUCUCACGGAACAGUUCUCCGGACGUCGUGCUGCAUAGCGGCAACAAAAUUAAGCUGCAUCACUAUCGCACCAACAGCCCCAUUUCUCCGUACGGCUCGAACACCCACUCGGUGUCGAUAGUGGAGGACGAGUGGCAAAACUAUGAGGAUGGCAAUGCGGCCACGCGAGAGUACCUGCUGAUGGCACUAGCGAACGUUAGUGAUAUCUUCAUCAAGGCAACCUACAACACGGUUUCGAACGAAGCAGCCCUGUCGUACGUGAGUCUGGACAUUGCUCGCGACUCACCGUACACGACUGGCGCCCGGGCCUGGCCGGUUGAGCAGUGCCAGUGUCCGACCGGUCACAUUGGGCUGUCGUGCGAGGAUUGCGCGCCCGGCUACUACAAGGGCGACCAGGGCAUCUAUCUGGGCAUUUGCGAACCGUGCGCCUGUAACGGCCAUUCGGAUGAGUGUGACCCGCAGACCGGCGCCUGCAUCAACUGCCGCGACAACACGUACGGCAACAACUGCGAGCUGUGCCGCCCACCGUACGUUGGCAAUGCGACCGUCGGCUCGCGCUACGACUGCACGCUCAGCCAGCCGGACCAGUCGUUUGACUGUCGCGAGUGCGACGUGCGUGGCUUUACCGGCAACUGUCAGCGGGGCUGCGAGUGCAAGCAGCUGGUCGAGGGCCGUCGGUGCGACCAGUGCCGCGAAGGUUCGUUCGGUCUCGGCACGCAGCACGAAACGGGCUGCGUGGAGUGUUUCUGCUCCGGCGUGACGAAAUCGUGCGGCAGCUCCAACCUGUACCGCGAGGAGCUGCCCGUCAUUGUCGACGCGUACGACAACACGAUCACGCUGACCGAUCGGGAGGGUACGCUGCUGGAGAGCAGAAACUUCGCCAUCAACCCGAGCAUCAAUGAGAUCAGCUACACGUUCCGCGAUCGGGAAACGUACUACUGGAGCCUGCCGAACCUGGUGCUGGGCAAUCAGGUCCUCUCGUACGGUGCGAAUCUCACCGUCACGCAGUACGUCGAGGGUGGCCGUCCGCUGGCUGAUCAGGACAUCAUCCUGAUCGGCAGUGGUAUGAAGCUGGCCUGGUCUCGCGAGUACUACGACGAUGGUACCUACGCCGUACCGCUGGUUGAGCACAAUUGGAUCGUUAUCAACCGCCGAAACUCGUACCCAGCUUCACGAGGUGAUAUGCUGACCGUGCUGUCGAACUUGGAGCACAUUCUGAUCCGUGCCACCACCAAGGAAUCCACCUCGGUGUCUAGACUGAGUGACAUUACCCUCGGCACGGCUAUACCAACGCGCACGCCCUAUCCGGCAGUGGAAGUAGAAAUGUGCCGCUGUCCUCCGGGAUAUCGUGGCACUAGCUGCGAGCAAUGUGAGGAUCUGCACUAUCGAGACAUUUACGAUCGAUCGGCCGGUUUGCUCGGUGCCUGCAAGCCCUGCCCGUGCAAUUACGAGAAUGCCGACUCGUGCCAGAUGGACAACCGCGGUGUCGUUGUGUGCAACUGCAGAGAAGGGUACAGCGGUGACAAUUGUGACAACCAACUCGACACUCGUCCAACUGUACCUCCACGAAACCCGGUAAUCGAAGUGGUCAUCAACGUACCGUCGAUUAAGAUUGUCGAAAUUGGUGAAGAUUUCCGUGCCGACUGUACAGCGCAUCACGUCGUAUCGCAGAGCCCGAUCGAUGUACAAUGGACGCGCAAGAAUGGACGCUUGCCGGACAGUGCCUACACGGACGGUGGUACGCUAGUGAUUACGAACAUCCAAAUUAAGGACGGUGGUUUGUACGUGUGUAAGGCGAGCAGUGGUACCGAAGUCGUCUACAAGCAGGUCACCAUCAACGUCAGCAAACAAGGAUCCGCCAAGCCGACAGUGCUGCUGUCGCAGCCAUUCAUCGACCAGGACGAGCAUCUCUCGGCCGAAGUGCUCUGCACUGCCACCGGCUAUCCCACACCCACCAUUACCUGGGAACGAGUCGAUCAGCCCCUACCAUACCACGCGGUCACCGAACGUGGACUGUUGCGUUUCAGCGCGCUGCGACAGCAGGAUGCUGGCACGUACCGUUGCGUUGCCCGUAACGACGUCGGUGAGUCCGAUACCCUGCUGACCGUGUACGUACGGCCAGCGGUUGGCCCAACCUUGCCGCCAUCCUAUCCCACGGAGAUGGAGCGCGUAGAGAUCUCGCCGAGCAGCUUCGACGGACAGCCGGGUGAGGUGAUCAGGCUCAUCUGUCGCUGCUCGCCGACGGCCCAGGUUGUCUGGAGCAAGCUGGGAGAGCGCCAGCUGCCCAGCAACGCGGACGUGCGCAACGAAAUGCUCAUCAUCGAGCACGCAUCGCAGGAGAACACCGGUCGGUAUAGCUGUACCGCGUACUUCCCGAACGGACGCACCAAGACCUCCACGGUGGAUGUAGUCAUUGCCGAUAACAAUGUGCUACCACCGUCGAACAAGGUGGCGCCACGAGUGAAUCCACUGAACAAAAACUACGUCGUACUGCAAGGGGCCGACUUUUCGCUUUCGUGUGAAGCCACCGGCACACCGUACCCAACGGUCAAGUGGACGCUUAGCGGCAAGACGUUUGAAAGCAACGUCCAACAGAGCGGCAACGUGCUGCGCAUCUUCAACGCCCAGCCAAGCAACGGUGGCGUGUACAUCUGUGUCGCCAGCAACGAGGAGGGCAUGGAUCGUGCCUACACCGUCGUAGAAAUUGAUCGUCGGGAAAAGCCUGUCCUCGAGAUCUACCCGAGCGAACCGCAAACGAUUAAGGUGGGCGAAUCGGUGCGUCUGAGCUGCCGGGCUUCGGCCGGCGUCCCGUACCCAUCGAUCACCUGGGUGCGCAAGGAUCGUAUGCCGCUGUCAUCUCGCUUCACCAACGAUGCGGAAGGAGUUAUCACGCUGCGCGAUGCCUCGCUGGAAGAUGCGGGCGAGUACGAAUGCCGGGCGGAUAAUGCAGCCGGGUCGGCCAUACUGUCCACCACGAUCGAGGUGCUGCAACCUCCGAUAAUUCGGCUGCAACCGAGCGAGAGCCACAAGAUCACGGAGAACGACGAAUUCACCAUCCACUGCUCGGCGACCGGCAAACCGGCCCCGAUGGUAACGCUGUUGCCACCGCCGGGUGCCUCGCGGUCGCACCUACGCCAGCAGACCGAGGGACUGCGCGAGGUAACGCUGUACCUGCACCAGGCCGAGCUGAACGAUGCCGGCACGUACGAGUGUACUGCCAAGAAUGCGGCCGGCGAAGAUUCCCAGUACUUGUCGCUGCAGGUGGACCCGAAACGGGGUGACGUCGGACCCCACGACGACGACGACAGGCCACCGUCGUACUAUCCGCCGCGUCUGCCACCGACACGGCCGCCGGGCCCUUCCUCACAACCGAUCGCCUACACCUACAAGGCCAUUCUCGGCGAGCAGGCGCACCUGAUGUGCAACGAGGAGUUCCGCAGCACCCGCACCGAAUGGCGCCGCAGCGACGGACGCCCCCUGCCGUACGGGUCGAUCGUGCGCGGCGGCAAUCUGACGAUCGAGAGCACCGGCCACGAUGCGGCCGGCAUGUACGAUUGCGUCACCUUCCCGUCCCCGUCGCAGCCGGUCACGAUAGUGCGCAUCAUGGUGGAGGUCAUCUCGCUGCCCAAGAUUAGCUUCAGCCCGCAGAUGCCGAUGACGGUGCGACCGGGCGACGCGGUGGACAUCCUGUGCAACGUCACGAGCGACGUAGCGUACGAGGUGAAAUGGCACCGCAAGGAUAACCUGCCGCUGCCGCCGACGGUGCAGGCGUACGGUAACUAUCUGCGGUUCAGCAGCAUCGCGCCGGAGGAUGCCGGUCGCUACUACUGCCACGUCCGGAACCAGUUCGGCGAGACGGAGAAGGCCGCCGAGGUGGUCGUUAACAAAAAUGAGCUCAUGCCGGAACCUCCAAUAGUGGGCAAGCGGUACCACCAGGCGUCUCUAGGUGCGGCGAUACGCUUGGACUGUAAGCUGCCGGCCGGUGCACCGUACGUCAAUGUGCGGUACAACUGGAAUCGCCUGGAACGCACCCUCCCGCCAACGGCUAGGAUUGUCGCCAACGGUAGAGAGUUGCACCUGUUCAAUCUCGAGCCGGAAGAUGCUGGUACAUACCAGUGCGGCAUGUCCUAUCCGGACGGCACGGUCGUGUACGAUUCUAUAGUGCUAACGGUCGGUAGAGAUAUAUUGAAUGCUACCACCGGUUUGCCGACACCUGCGCCGGAACUGUGCGCGCCGAGCACGUGCGGCGAUGGCGUCCUGUGGCUUUGCCGCGCCAGUCCGGCCCGGUGCAAUGGCACCUUCUUCAUGUGCUGCGUACAGUACGAUCGGGCGCGGCGCGUCGGCGCCCAAGAGCGGACGAUGGUGCCCCGGUUGGGACGGGCCGAUGAUACCAGACCCACGGUCAAGGAUGCUGCGACGGUGGCGGAUGUCCGGCGUCCGCCGCCGCACCGUCUUCUACCACCAACGCACCAUCAUUUCGCUCCAGAGUCGCUGCCCGUGCUGCAGCUUGAACCCUCCCGCUCGAUGGUACGACCGGGCGAGUCGCUCGUAGUGGAUUGCAGCUCGUCGGCCGGCACUGGUGUACCGAUCAAGUGGGAGAAAUCGGACGGAACACCGCUACCGUAUAACAUUCACCAAGAAGGAAACCGACUGUACAUUCAAAAUGCGCGCGAAGAUGACUCCGGCACGUACACGUGUGUGUGCUUCACCGAGGACGGUUUGCGCUACGUUUCCGACUUCCAGCUGGAGGUGGAGGAGAACACGAUCUCGGAUGUGCUGCCCCGCAGUACAUCGCGGAUGGAGUUUGCCGAGCGUGGCACUACGGUGAAGCUGCAGUGCAACACGGACCUGUAUCCGACCACCUACCAGUGGUCACGCAUCGAUGGCGAGCUGCCCAACGAUAGGGAUACGCAUGGUUCCAUUCUAACGCUCACGAACGUGCAAGCCUCGGACGCCGGCAAGUACGUCUGCUCGGCAAAGCACGGCGGCCAGUCGGCGAACGUCGUCAUCACGCUGGUGGUCAACAACGUGAUCCCGUUCUUCCCGCAGUCGCCCCGCAGCUACAUGGAGUUCAAGUCGUUCGAUAACGUGUACUCCAAGUUCUACUUCGAGGUUUCCUUCAAGCCGGAAAAGAUGAACGGGCUCAUACUGUACGCGUCGCAGCGCCGCCCGAACCAGGACUACAUCUCGCUGUCGCUCCGCAACGGCUACCCACAGUUCCGCUUCAACUUCGACGGCCAGCAGGUGGUGCUGCAGCCGGAGAAACCGGUGCACAUGGGCCAAUGGCACACGGUGAAGGUGAAUCGCGUGCGCAACAACGGUUUCCUGCUGGUGGACGACCAAACGCCGGUCAACUUCCCGGACAGGCUGAAGUUCUACGGCCUUAACCUGGACGACCAUCUGUUCGUGGGCGGCGUGCCACAGUUCGACCAGGUGCCGGCGUCCGCCGUUGAGUACAAGGAAGGCUUCGUCGGCUGCAUCAGCCGGCUGAAGCUGAACGACCGGGAGGUGCAGCUGUACGAGGACGCACUGGAGACGGUCGGCAUCACGACCUGCGAGCCGUGCGCCGACGAUCCGUGCAAAAACUUCGGCACGUGUCUGGAGGCGCAGACGGCCCAAGGGUACAGCUGCAUGUGCCGCGAUGGGUACACGGGCACGAACUGCCAGCACGAGGGCGACGGCUGCAGCGACGAUACGUGCGGCGUAGGCCGCUGCGAGGAGACGGACACGGGACCGGAAUGCUACUGUCCGGUGCACAAGACGGGCGACCGUUGUCAGUACACCGAACACUACACGGACGCAACGCUUGCCUUUAAGGACGGCAGCUAUGCAGCAUACGACAAAUUCCAAUCGAAACGAAGCAUCCGCUUCCGCUUCAAGCCCGACUCGCUGGAGAAUGGCAUAAUGUUCUAUGCGGCGGAGCACGAGCAAGGAUAUGGAGAUUUCAUGGCCGUGCUGCUGAAUAAUGGUUUCGUUGAAAUACGCUACAGUGUAGCCGGAAAGAUGAAACCACUGAUCGUACGAUCGACCGUACCGAUCGAGGCGGGCCAGUGGCAUACGGUGUCUGCGGGACGCACCAAGGCCGGUAUCGGCUAUCUGCAGGUCGACGAUGAGGCCGUCAACAACGAGAUGUCCAACCGCAACACGCCGAUUCUGCUGAAGACGAAGGUGUACGCCGGUGGCUACGAUAAGCGUCUGCUGCUCAGCCAAGAGAUUGGUGUCCGGCGCGGUUUUGAGGGUUGCAUUGCCGAGCUGGAAACGUCCGGCAACAAGCUGAACAUGAUCGACGAUAUUCGAGACUCGGCGAACGUUUACCACUGUGGCCACGCGGACGGCCAUCAGCCGGAUCCGAUCGACGUCGAAAGCCCCGUCACCUGCCGGCCGGGCCGCGGCGGAUACGAUUGCGACACCGUUACCGACAUCUGUCUCGACCAGCGCCCGUGCGAGAACGGUGCGCUCUGCCAGACGCAUGCGGGCGGCCAGAACUAUACCUGCACCUGCGAGCCCGGCUAUCUGGGCCAGCGGUGCGAAACCCAGUACACGGACAUCGUCGCGUCCCGGUUCAGCGGCAACGGCUUCAUCGAGGUCAGCCCGAAGGCGUUCAAGCACAGCGAAAGCCAGAUCACGACCGAGUUCGCGAUCAUGUUCAGCGCGUACGAGCCGAACGGGCUGCUGAUCUGGUACGGCCAGCGUAACGGUGAGGAGUUCCUCGGCAACGAUUACGUCGCGCUGUCGCUGUCGAACGGCUACGUCGAGCUGACGAUCCGCAUGGACGGGCAGGAGUCGUACGUGCGCAACAGCGAUGUGUACGUGGUCGACAACGAGCGGCACGUGGCGCUGGUCCGGCGGGAGCGCAACCAGUUCCAUCUGCAGGUCGAUUCGCUGACGGUGCACGGUGAAACGCGCCCGACCGGCAAGCAGACGAUGGAAAUACCCGGCAGCUUCUACGUCGGCGGUGUUCCGGACGUCGAACGCGUUACCGGCAAUCGGUUCAACGAGAGCUUCAAUGGGUGCGUCUUCUCUGUGGAGAACAAUGAGGGCAAGGCGAUCUUACUGCGCGACUUUACCAUCCGAACCGUCAACGUGGACGUGUGCGACGAACCCAAUCUAGGAACGGAUCCACCAGUGGUGUAAAAACAGAAAAAAAGCAUACAAAAUAAACCACCCAAUACUUCCAACGGGCGGAGGAGGGUCGAAGGAGCUUCUCGCUAUGGGGCCACCAACGAAACAGCGGUACCCAACUUCACCCAACAAAAGGAUGAACCGCUCUAAAGGGUGAUGUAAGUCGAGUGACAAAAUAACCAACUGCUCGGCUGGUUAAAGGAGGGAGUUGAAAAGUUAAGCGGGACUAAAAUGAACAGAAAAAUAACAUAUAAAAAAAUACUAAAACUGUAUCGUAUACCUAUAGAGAAGCGCAAACGAAUGCACAGUGAAGAGAGGAAGCAAAAUGAAAAAAAAAACACGCGUACAGUAACGAACAACGAAUGUGCCAAAUAAAUGUAGUAUUUAUGUAAAAAAAAGGAACAAAAAUUAAAUAACGAAAAGCGCACAGUCAACGCUCAAAUUCACGCGCUGAGAACAAGACAGCCAUAUUUGUUUGUUUAACACCACCACAUUGGUCAAUGCAAUAUACAUGAAGCACCACACACUCAGUGCACGGUGGCAGAGAACUGCGAGGCGAUACGUGCACUAAGGGUUUUUUUAGCACUGCCAACUUUCGUUCCCCACAAGAUAUAAUGAUUUUGCGCUACAAUGUUUUGUUUCAACAACACCUUCACACUGUGAUAGUGUACCGACCAUAGCAAUGUUAAAUAUGUCUCUCGCACAAAACAAGUCAAACAAACCACUGCGCAGUGAUUGUGUUCAUCCGUUUAGACAAAUCGUUUAGGUGCAGUAUCUCACCAUCUUGUUGUUACUAGCCUUGUAAUCUUGGCGGCAUAAGCCAGUUUAUGUUUUGAGCAAGAAGUAGCUUCCUGCCGUUUCGAAAAGGUGGCGAGGAUACUUCUCUACUACUUCCAACUAACUGCCCGCUGUAAUGGUCUUCAUUUCUAUACACUAAGUGCUUUCGAUAUGUUAAAAAAAAACACGAAGAUACGAGCAAAACAGAUAGGAGAGAUUAAAUCAAACGAUGUUGAACAUAAUGUAGCCCUUUCACAAUACGACAAGCGGGCGUGAGGCGGCCUGUGCAACUGUGGAACAACCCGUAACUAAGCUAUAAUUUGUCACUCGUUUAUUUUCCUAUCAAUUAUGACAAUAAAAUGAAUAGUCAAUGUAA